AUGCUCAUUCGCAUGAUUGCGCCUGCAGGUUUUGCCCAGGACACCGCCACGGGGUUUGAGUUCAAGCUGGCCAACAGCCUGGCCCCCGCUCUGGCGCUGUCCGUGCUUGUUGAGGACAACCCCUCAGUCCCCAACCUGCAGACGCGGUUCAACUCUGUCAACGCGUCUGAGACGUCUGCGGGGAUCUACCUGCGGAUAGCGCCCUCCGCCAUCAUCAGCAUGGCCUACCCUUUGGGCCGCAACAAGAACCUGCUGGGCCUUAACCUGCUCAAGGAGCCCUCUCGGCGAGCGGCGACCCUGGAGACGAUCAGGCGGGGCGAGAUCACGAUCCAGGGUCCGAUCAACCUGCAGCAGGAGGGGUUUGUUGGCCUGGCGAUCCGGAUACCCAUAUUCGUGGCCAAUGUCAGCGACCCCAACGAGACGUUCGGGGCGGCCGAGGGCCCCUACAACUGCAGCAUCUGCUACGACCCGACCACCCGGUCGCGCUUUUGGGGCGUGGCCGGCACGGUGGUGGACUUUGAGCAGAUAGCGGGGGGAUCCGGCAUAACGGACGGCGCCAGCACCAGCGGGCCCGAUGCGGUGCGGGACCCCUACCACGGCCUGCUAGGGCGGCUGGAGCAGCAGGCCGCCGCCUAUGUCCAUGAUCAGGCCAGGAACACCCCCAGCUCCCUGCCCUACGCCCUGCCAUUGCCAUCACAUCCCAUCGCCACAGCCGGCUACAGCUACGCGCUGACCGUCCCCCAGCCCGGCAACACGCCCGUGGUGGUCGCCAACACGCCCUCCGCCCUGCGCGACCCCGUGACCACCACCAUCACGUCACCAACCAACGAGAAGUGGCUGCUGCAGCUGGAGCCCGCAGCGGGCUGGGCGCCGCCCUGGCGGGACGCGCUGCUGGCGAUGGUCAACGCGAUCAGCGCCGUCAUAGGGGCGCUGCUGCUGUGCGUCUUUGUCAACAGGCGGCAGCAGAGCUGGCUGCUCGCGGAGUUGCGGUCUAACAACAAGGAGUUGGUCACGGAGAAGCUGCGCACCGACGCCCUCCUGGCCCGGCAGUACCACCUGAUCAACUGCCUGAUGGAGCAGGGCGGGCGGCUGGCGCCCGCCAGGGGCAGCGGGGUCGCCGGCGGCGGCGGCGCGGGCGCCGGAGGGGACGGGGGCGGCGGUGGCGGCGGCAGUGGCGGAGGCGGCGGCGCGACAGAUGGCGGGGGGGGAGUGAGGGCGGCGGCCGCGCGAGAGAUGGGCGGCAGCGGAAAGGGUGGCGACCUCGAUUCGGCGGGCACCGCGCUCGAGCGCAUAGAGGACAUGAAGCGUGCCAUCGGCAGUGCGGGCGGCGCGGCCGCGGCUUCCACUGGGGCUAUACAGCUGCUGGAGCUGCUGGGGGAGGGGGGCUUCGGCAAGGUCUACAAAGGCCUGUGGCACGGGGCCGUGGUGGCGGUCAAGACGAUGCUGCUGCCCGCCCACAUGAGCGGGGCCCAGAAGCGGGAGCGCAUGGCCAUCAUGGAGGCGGCCAUCAGCAGCGCCAUGACGCACCCCAACAUAGUGCAGACCUACACCUACACCAUCAAGUCGAUGGCGUCGAGCCACGGCCCCAUCAGCAGCGACGUGAGCAAGCAGAGCCCGCCGUCUCAGACCCACUCGUCCUCAGAUGAGGCUUUGGCAGCUGGGCCCCACGUCCUCAAUUUUGAGGUGUCGCUGGUCCUUGAAUUCUGCGAGCUGGGGUCACUGCGGGAUGCGCUGGACGGCGGCGCAUACUAUACACGCGGGGGCGACCUCAACUACCUGGCGGUGCUGGACACGGCCGCUGACGUGGCACGCGCGAUGCUGCACCUGCACAACCAACAGGUCCUGCAUUCAGACCUCAAGGCGCGCAACGUGCUGCUCAAGGGGGACAGCAAGCGCGGCAGCGGAGCCAUCGCCAAGGUGGCGGACUUUGGGCUGGCUCUCCCCAUGACAGGCCAGGACACACACGUCUCCGCCUACCAGGGCACCCCCAGCCACAUGGCACCGGAGACCCACAUCCAGGGGCGGAUGAGUAAGGCUGGUGACGUGUACAGCUUUGGGGUGCUGCUGUGGGAGCUCUUCACGGCCGGCCGGCCCUUUGAAGGCACCCCUGCGGGGCUGCUGGGCCACAAGGUGUCAGUGGAGGGCCUGCGCCCCUCCUGGCCCCCCGACACCCCGCAGGACUUCAGGGACCUGGCGGCAUGGUGCUGGGCCGGCAGCCCGCAGGACAGGCCUGGCUUUGAGGCCGUGCUGUCAGCCCUCAUUGAGAUGCGCCAGCGCGCCCCCAGCCGCACGACGCCGCUCUCGCCAUACGACCGAUUACCGGCGACGGCGCGGCAAGCGGCGUGGCAGGCGCCAGAGUCAUCCUGGGUGGGCGGCUGA